AUUUGAGGUUAAGUUAAUUGGGACUGUUGUGGUAGUUUAAUCUUAUUUAUGGGGUUUUGCAUUUCAACUUCAACUCAUUAAAAAUCCAUAAUCAUGAAUACAUUUAGGAAUCUCUGUGUUCCAGGAUUAAAAAUUCAAAAUAAUUCCAUUCACACUUCUGCCCUAUCGUUAGCAUGGACGAAAUCUACUUUGCCGAAGAAUUUUCUGGCACACAAUAGGAAAGUGUAUCCCCCACAGGAAAUUGGAGAGGAACGGCGCCCGGCUUUUGUUUGCCACCAAAUCACCAAUAUAAAAUACAGCCCUGACAAACUAUGGUAUAUCGCAUGUCUGGUGCGGGGCAUGACUGUGGAUGAAGCAGUGAAACAAUUAAGUUUUGUCAACAAAAAGGGAGCAGAGUAUGUCAAGAAAGCUAUUCUGGAGGCACAAGAACUUGCUGUUACUAGGCACAAUGUUGAAUUUAGGAGUAAUUUGUGGAUAGCCGAGUCAUUUUCUGGGCUGGGGAAUGUUAUCAAAGGAAUAAGGAGGCAUGCUCGCGGCAGACUCGGUGAAGUGCGCUACAAGUACUCUCACUACUUUGUGCGUCUAGAGGAAGGCAAACCACCCAAAGAUUACUACAAGUUGAACCCCCUCACACCGCAACAACAGUUGGACAGUUGGUUGGAAGGCAUGAGAAAAAGAAAAGUCACAAACUCUUUAUAAAUGGAAUAUAUUAUUAAAAAAAUACAAAUUACGUCACCAAUUCAUUGAUUAAUGAACCUUUCAUAGUGGUUUUUUAAGUACAUAAACUAGAUAAAUAAAUAGUAUACCUUACUGAUA